AUGGCUACUCUUGAGCAACGCAACAAGGCCAUCAUCGCCAAGUACUUCAACGAAUACUGGGUCAAAGGCAACGUCAGCAUCGUAGACGAGCUCUGCUCCGACGACUUUCUCAUCAGCUACCCCAACCACGGUCACCAUCACGGCAAGGAGGGCGCAAAGAAGAUGCUGUCUGAAUUCAUGGAGGCCUUCCCCGACCUGACAUUCAGGUCUUACCAGACCCCAUUGAUUGCCGAGGGCGACUAUGUAGCAGCUCAAUGGAUUGGUGGCGGCACGCACACUGGCCGUGCGUUUGACGAUAUGCCUGUGGGCAAGCUCGACAAGCCCAACUCUGGCAAGAAGAUUCACUUUUCUGGCAUCACCAUUUUCACGCUCAAGGAUGGAAAGAUUGUGCGCGAGAUUGCGGAGGAAGGGAGUUUGGCUGUUUUGCAGCAGCUGGGACUUGUUCCACAGCCCAAUCCUGGCAAGGAGAUUGUGUACGAUGAGGAGGGCAAUCAGGUGUAUUGA